CGAUUUUCCCUCUCAGAAAUACAGAGAGCCACGAACAAUUUUGAUGGGGGCUACGGCCAUGUGUAUAGGACAACAAUGAUGAUAGGAGAACAGCCCAAGGACGUCGCCAUCAAAGUUAUGAAAGGGGAGAGGGAUGAGGCCAAGUACAAGCAGUUCAUAGCAGAAGUGAAGAUGGUUGAUUACGUGCGCCACAAACAUUUGUGCAGGCUUAUAGGCUACUGCAUGGAGAUGAACAGAUGCAUUCUUGUUUACCCAUUCAUCCCAGGUGGAAGUCUGUACGAUCGCCUGCAACAUGCUGACAGGUCUCUAAGACACCAUGCUGUGCCACAUCAACAAGCUAUUGCAAGGCUGGACUCAAACGGCAUCAGAGGGGAGCCUCUGACCUGGAUGGAGAGGACGUCUAUUGCGCACCAGGUGGGAAAGGGGCUGUGCUACAUACACCAUGACCUGGAGAAGCCGCUCCUACAUCGAGAUAUCAAGAGCAAAAAUGUGAUGAUUGAGGGCAGCGGCAACUCCCUGCACGCAUGCUUCAUCGAUUUCGGGCUGGCCAGGCCGGGAGCGUUGUGUCGUCAGGAAGGGAUGACGUCCAGCCACAUGAUUAAUGGACACACUGUGUUCACAAUCGCUGGAACACCUGGCUAUAUGGCUCCAGAGUAUGAGUCAGGGAGAGAAGUGACGGCAAAGAAUGAUGUUUAUGCAUUCGGAGUUGUUCUCCUGGAGCUGGUCACGGGGAUGAGGGCUAUUACGAAGACACCUGAAGGGAAACCUUUCUCCCUGGUCUUCUGGGCAGCACAAUGGUUGUCUCGUCCUCGCAUACAUUUGAGCAAUGAGCAGCUGGCAGAGAUGGUAGAUCCCUGGCUCAUUGCCAGAGACUCCUCUCAUGAGAGGGAAUGGGAAUGGGAUAAGGUUUACGCGCUUGCGAUGCUCGGGUAUUGCUGCACACACCUUGAUCCCUCACACAGGCCGUCUAUGGAAACCGUGAUGGAUCGUAUACGGGCAAUCUUAUGAUCAUCGACAAGCCCAUGUAGGCAAACUUCUAAGAGUCUUUUGCAGCCUGCAAACCCCACUG